AUGGUCAAUACUGGAGACGAAAAAGGGAGUGCCAGCUUUAAUACAACUCCCACGGGGAAUGAAGCUGCCAAAAAUGACUCAGGUUCGGAAGGGACUUCUCUUCCCUUGGCAGAACCCGAUGCGAAUGAUCAGUUUGAAGAUAAUGUAGAAAUACCCUCCCAAGAGGCAGAUGAUAAAGGUCCUGAAGAAUUUCUGGACCCAGAAGAAAGUGAAAAAGUGGCAAAGGUACGAAAUAAUGAUGAGAACAUACUAGCGACAGAGAUGAAUAACGAGAAUGAGGCGAAGUCUCAUCAAAAUAUUACUGAACAUAACGAAACUGAUGAUCAAGGGGGCCUAAUGUGGGAUGAUGAACAAAAAAUGUCUGAAGGAGACAGUGAGGACCAUGUUGGGGACAAGGACGGAGCUAGUUAUGAAGAUUCAGGGAAUGAAAAAGAUGAUGAGGAUGAAGUUAGCGCAGAUGAGACAUCCGAAGAAGAUUAUAACAAAGAUGAAGUUGGUAGAGACGACGCAACGAAAGUUUCCAAAGGCGAUGAAAUGGAAGCGAAAGCCAAAGAAGAUACUAGCAAAGCAAAAGAAAAUGGCAAUAAAAGGAAACCCGUGGCAAAAGAAGAGAAUAAGGAAACUGUAGUGAAAGAAGGUGAAAGUAAACCAAUAGUGAAAGAAGAUGUAAAGGGAGCUAAAGCAAAACAAGAUACAAAAGAAGCUAAAGAUAACAGGAGUGACAAACAGGCAGCAUAUUUGGGGAAUGAUAAGGACUCAAAUGGAAGAAGCAAAAGGAAGAAGGUGCGAGUAGGGAUGUCCAAGAAAAUGGGUACAAAAGAUAAAUCAGAAUCUUCCCAGAAGAGAAAAGGGAAGAAAAGAGUUGAGAGCAUGGGGAUGAUUUUCAUGUGCAGCUCCAAGACGAAGGAUGACUGCUAUCUGUACAAGGUUCUUGGGCUGCCAGAAAGCAAGAAAGAGAUUGUGGAAAAGAUUUAUACAGGGAUGCGGUUGUUUUUAUAUGAUGUCGAUCUAAAGUUGUUGUAUGGAAUUUAUAAAGCUGCGGGACCUGGAGGCUACAACAUUGAACCCAAAGCCUUCAAAUCACAGUUUCCAGCUCAGGUCCGCUUCACUGUUCUGGAUGAUUGCUUGCCGUUGCCCGAGGAAAAGUUUAAGAAAGUUAUCCAGGAGAACUACUUUACGAAGACCAAGUUUGAUUGCCAACUGAAGGCAGACCAGGUAAAGAAACUAUGCAAACUGUUUGCCAUUUCGAGCAAAGGUUGUCUCCCCAAAAAGGCAGGCGGGUCCCGCAGGGUCGAAAAGAAACUUCACCCAUUGCACCAGGAGAGCAAAAAGCGUGUUAGGUCGGGCAAAGAUGAGCAACCCCCAGCGAUCCGGCACAGUGACCGCCGUCCCCACAAGCGCCCGAGGACGGCUGUUGUCAGCAGCCCAUUGCGCCGCCAGCCUCCUCCCCGGGCCCCACUUGUUGCAUAUGCCUCACCACAUCGGACUACUUCCGAUGUGAACACAUACAGACGGGACCCAUAUUCUUACAGAGACGUGCAGGAGUCCCGUCAGCCGGUUAUAGUGCGAAGUGAUACGUACGUGGAUGGGCAUGAUCUGUAUGUAGAGCGGCGUGAUUCCUACUACAGGAACAAGGACAGGCUGUACCAAUAUCCAACCGUGGAGCGCCGGGAUGCUUACAUGGAUGGGAGGGCCUACUUAGAGCUCCGGGCCCCGGAUGUGGGGAUCCGUGGGCGUGAUCUGUACUUGGAGCGUCGGGAUCCGCCCAGAGAUGCAGUGUAUGCCGAACUUUCUUAUGGCGGUGGUGUGUACGGGCGGAGGGACCGGCUACUAUCAGAUAGUCGUGAUGGUUAUGGGGAGGGUCUGUAUUUGGAGCGUGGGGGUGCUCAUCGCUCGUUGAGUUUCGGGAGUAGGUACCGACCGGAUUCCUUUGUUCCAACCAGGCAACUACCGCUGGCUGAUGAUCCUAUUUAUUCGAGAGAGUAUCCUUACCGAGCAGGCAUGGACCGGGAGUACCAUCUGUAA